AUGGCCCGUCAUUCUACUGUUGUUGAGGUAAAUUUUCUCCUUUUGCGUGUGCGGAACAGCCGUGUAAUGCAUGGAGGCCCUGUGCUUCAAACUGAUAGACACUACGGCCACCUUUUGAACAAUGAUUUAAUCCGCCAGUAUGUACGCAAGUUAUAGGAAGAUGGUGAUAGAGAGUAAGGAGGGAGUAUGCAUGACUGCGACUUUUACGACACCAUAGAAUUCGCGAACUACUUCGUCGUCAAUACCGACCGUUUAUCUGCACGUCCCUUACGCUUACAAUGGUCUUUACUUGAAACUCUGUGCCGUCGUAUUUUCGUUAGUGGUAUUGGGUGCUUCCCGGCUAUUUGGCAUCUGUAAGCAUUAUCAUAAACUUUCUGUUUCAUUCUGCAUUAUUGGCACUGUUGUUGGUUUAGGAUGCGGCACGGAGUUUUUUUGGCUUUGUUUUAACCGGGCUGUAGUUGAUCUUUUGGGGCUGUUCUGUUACUUAGUCUACCCUGUUCACGGUGGUACGAGUCUCACCGGCUCGUCAUCAUUCCGGCUUCCGGGAUGCACAUCGUCAGCAGCACAUCCAUUCGGUUUUAUUUUGUUGGUGAGACCCCAAUUUCAUUCAUUUGCCGCCUUUCCUAUGUGUAGAACUGCCAAAAACUUAGAUUAACCGAUUUUGUCUUGCAGUUCCUGUGGUUGUUCUCGGCUUCACUCUUUGAGCUUUGUACAAGCUGAUAUCUUUUUCUAGUCGAGUGAGGACCUCGAAGUCGGUUCGAUAGCAGUUAACGAAUCGGAAACUUCUAUUCCCUCACUGUCAUCUCCGGAAUUCACGUACUUCACGCGGCUUCAAGCACAACUGUCGCGCGUUUUGCUUCCACAUUCUGUUGAUCUGCAACAACGAAUAUGACAAGUUCGCUCUGAGAUCUUCUCUAACCACAGACAAGGUUGAUGGACCAUUUCAACAAACGCGCGACCGCCGCUCCUGUGCGAUGUGACUACAUCUGACAUUACACAAUAAAAGAGUGUGGGCCCAAAAUCCUCCAGUAAUCUUCCUCGGCAGACAUGAGUCGUCGACACAGUGCGGCCAGAAUAAAUGCAGAGCAUACUCUGGGAACGAAGUAUGAAUCUGAAGUGACCAGUUGAUGCCGAGUUUUAAAUGAACCUUCUACACACAUAGCAUACCGUUCACAGCUUCUCAGCCUGGAGCCCGUGAAUGCCAUAGGAUGGAGACUUCAAGUAAACAGACUUACAAAUAUGGAAUAGCAUUCUAGGAAGGAGAGGACUGUUCGUACGAAUGCGUUAUAAAACGAAUGCACUCUGUCCUUGUCAGUAAUGCUAACGUCUGCUUUCUCAUGAAUCAAGUUGGUCCUUUUUUUUCUUUGAAGGAUUCGGUGGUGGCCGUAUGGCUUAUGGAGUGCUCCUUCCAAUCCAUAUUCGGCCCCUGCGCGUCCAGUAUCAUAUUUGAUGGUGGAGCGGUUGGCCCAGAGGAUGUGGUAAGGUGCGAUGGCAUGAACUACAGUUUUGAAGAAGUGAAGCGCGUCAUACUUUUGAAGUUAGAUUUAUCUGAAAAAGACCUGGGAUGCAGCGCUGAUGAUGCCGGAGGGGAGAGCGUCGUGACCGGACCGCCUGAAGAUUUCGAAAUCAGCACCACUGUCUCUUUACUUGAUACUUCAUUGGACGAUGCCAUCUCCCGUCCACCCGUCUUCUCAUCCACCCAGCUUCUCGACUUGACAACCAUCAAUUUCUCACCCGUACCGCUGUCACCUCAGGCGGCUACUUCCACUACCCCACUAUGCAAAGAGUCUCUUAAGGCAUCAACCGGAGACACUACUGACACUGGGGUCGCUGUUUCGGCCGCCGACUUUGAUCUCGGGAACUUACUGCCUUCGUUUUUGGACGAUAUUGAAAGUGACAUGUUUUCGAACUCCACAAACAUAGCCAAAGAUACGGCUCCCAGGUCUGUCAAAAACACUUCCUAUCCACAUUUUCGGACCACACUGAAUAACACGAAAUUCGACCGGGUUAGUAUGUGUGGACUAGCAGAAGCUCCCCAUUCUCAGUCCGGCCCCAGCGUACACACCCACCUUUCCCCCAACUCUAGCCCGGCCACCACCUACAAUGACACUGAGGAAAGAACCCGCAGGCGCUUGGAUGCCCCACCUUCCUAUCCCGGAGGCUCCAUUGUACCAAACCGGCAACUGCCAUCCUCGCCAGAGCAACUGGCCUUGACCGAAAUCACUGCGGUUGUCAGCAGUGACCGACCAGAUAGCCGAAUAAGUGAGGAUUCCCUUCUGACACGACCUGUUCCACGAAGAGCCGGGGAGGACCGAAUCCUAUCUGAGAGAGUACAUCGCAAACUCUCGAGCUUUCAUUUCCAGCCUAAAGAAGAUGAUCGUCUCCUACCACCCAAAACGUCGCGCACUGAACAGUCCGAUGUGCCGUCGACAGCAGACCCACAUUUGGAAUUAGGAGAUCCGAUGGACGAUGACAGGGCUUCCGGACCCCUACAUCUUUCUAAGGAAGACAGUGAGAUAAACGCUGCUUCGGCACUGACCUCGAAGCACCAGUCGCUGAUACGAACAUCUGCCGGCUUUGGCAAAUUGCUGCCCGAUGAAUGGUCACUCUCGAACAUAAACUUUGACAUCGACUUUUGA